AUGCCGCUUCACACAAAUAAUAAGAAUAUAUAUUCUACUUUCCCUUAUCCAAACAGAAGGCGAAUUAAUCUUAGGCGAAUUAAUCUUAGCAGUUCAGACGAGCAAGCUAAUAGUGACGCGGAACCUAUUCAGGGGCGUCCAAAAAUCUACCCCAGUCACAUGCAAUAUUACUAUGGUCCUCCGCCUCCAAAUAACAUUCAUCCUUCCAGGAUUCCAAAUAACAAUUUUGUCCCCCAACAUAAUAAUAAUAUCCGACCGGUACCGCCGUAUCUUAUGUCACAUGCAUCAUCACUUAUGUUUGAAUCCCUUAAUCCUUUUCCAGACGAUGUUGAACCUUUGAACGACUUAGUUCCUCCGCUUGAUGGCAAUUUUCCAUAUCGUCCCGAAAGAAACGAAUACAUUCAAUUGAAAAUUUACGAAAUUCACUUUGAUGACGAAGUUUACACUUCGACAGAAAUGGCUGGACCUUUUGCAGCUUUUCUUUUGAUAUAUCGUUACAUGUUUCGAAAAUUUGAAGUCAAAGCGGCGAAUCUUGGAAAAUUUUAUAUUCCGAUUUUAUCCGCGUUGAGUUCCGUCGAAAAAGUCGGAGAUCACGGAUUAGCGCUUACACUCGCAAAGGAUCAAAAGGAUUCGAUUUCUAUCGUAUCCAAUGAUUCUAAUGAUCCCAACAAAGAUCAGAAAAAACUUAGAAAACUCAUUGAUAAAAUCCCGUUGGAACGUCUCGAAUUAAUUUGGCUACACGUCGCCUACCUGGUCAAGAAACCACCAGUAUUUAUCAAUAACAACCAUGAGAAUGAAAAUACUCUUUGCAAGCGCUGUCACGAAGACAUGAUUCAGAUUGUAGAAAAGAUUGAUCCAGUUCCAGAUGUGGAGAUCAUUAAAGACACGAAAAAACAAAUUAUCGAAAUAAAAGAUACGUUUUUGGCGAGAUUUCAUUAUGAAUCAAAUGAUCAAGGAGACGAAGAAACACUUGAUUUCGAAGUGCCAGUCUGUAUGAAAUAUGACGAGUUUAAGAGCGCAGUUCAGUCAACUUGUGAUAUCCCAAAAAUUCAUGAAAUUAUGUGCAAGUUUGUCAAUGAGACUGCAAAUGUAGAAUUUAUAAAGGUUCAUAAUGAUAAUGAGUGGAGGGAUGCGAUUGAGUUGCUCGGAGAUGCAACUGAGUUGAAUUUUUGGUGGACUGAAUAG